CGGUCGAACGAGUGUCCCGAACACCCGGCACAACAACAAGCCUGUUGCGUGCUGCAGUUUAAUCAUCGGUACAACCUCGCAAGGACGGGACCAAACAGUUUAUUACAGCGUUGCAACCGCAAGAUAUCUCGUACCUCAAAUAAUGUCGCACCUGCAUCUCGGCAAUAUUCUUAAGAGGCACCACUCUAAGGACCUUCCAACUGAACGGGAUAUGAGAGACUUGUCCGACGUGCUGUGUUUGGCGGCGAAGCGCGGUGACGUCACGGGAGUGAUGGGAGUGAUAUAGAACGGAGCUUCCGCCAACGCGCCUAACAGGGCAGGAGUCCUGCCGAUGUUUGCUGCAGUGGACAGUGACAGCGCCAACAUCCGGGUCAUCAGGUACCUCCUGUCCAGGGGCGCGGACGUGCAGAUCAGGAAUAAGAACGGAGAGACCCUGCUGCGGGUGGCGGGCCUGAGAGGCCGGCUCGACAUCGUGAAGAUUCUGACGGACGCUGGGGCCGACAUCAUGGACGACUCGGACGAAAGCGAGGCGGAUGGCGAAGGUGAAAGGUCAAACUAUGGCGUCAUGUACACUGUGGUGCGAGACCUAGACGGGCCGACUCAGAAAAAGGAUCCAAUGAGCCAAUGUUGAAGAAGAAAAGACUCUUAAGCUAACAAUUUGUAUAUACAUGUUAUAGAUAUAAGAUUGCUUGUAUCUUGCUGGUGCUUUAGGGAUAAUGAAUAAUUUUAGAUUAUCUUUUCUAACUAACAUACACGAAAUGUCUGUACGGCGUUGAUAUGGAGAAAAUACGUGUAUCACAUAUACGUGUAUAUACGGCGUCGAUAUAAAGAAAUUACGUGUAUCACUAAAAUCUUGAUAUUGAAUGGCCAAGGAUAAAGGGCUACUUCAUUGAUAACCGGGAGUGCGUUGAAGUACACAGAGGAUGUCAGAAUGGUUCAAAUACUAACGUUUCAUCUCUGCUUUGAGAUUACAGACGCUAAAAUGUGUAAGAUAUUUCUGUUAUACGUUUUAAAUGUAAAGUCUUAAAAUAAACAUGUGUUCGGGGUACUUUG